AUGGUUAAUGGUUCUGGUCCUGGUCCUGGUGUUGUCCCUGGCCCUGAGGGAGGUUCCUCGGGAAGCCUCAACCGUGAAGACGGUUUCGUAGACCCGGCCGCUGAAGGUGAGAGGGCGGCCCGGGAGUGUGCAGACAAGGGUGGCAACGACGAUUUAUGUGCUUGGGCCCGUAACAUGGCUGAGGAGACCGCUCGCCGACAUAACGAGACUAUCAAGACUACCUGGCAAGCCGUUGGUUCCCACAAGGACUCCUCUUCGUCUGAGCCAUGUGAGACGCCGAUCCCCCCUGUGGACGCGUACGGCGGCCUGCCGACCGUGAUGCAAGUUCCGGCCCCUAUGCCGGAGAA